CUUUUCAUGUAACAAAACCAUCAACAUGGCUGCGCGCUGGAGAACGAUCAAACGUUUCGAAUAAUUGACCAAACGGGAUGAAAUCUCCAUAUGCCAAGAAAUAACAACUAGAAUUUGUCACCAGAAUCUGAGGCAUUUUUUUACAGCUGUCAAAUGGCUUUGCUCAGUGAUGUAUGCCGUAGUGUCCGCGCGCUGUUAGGUCAAUGUCAGAGAUCAGCAGCAGCAGCAGCAGCGUGGAUUCAUUGCCAGUCAUCAGCUCGGAAAUACAGCCAGACAGCGCCAGUAGUUAGUGAUAAUGAAGCCAUCAAUCAAACAUUUGUCAACCGAAACCCAAGGAACUUGGAACAGAUGGCCCUCGCAGUAAAGGAUCGGGGCUGGGGCACGGUGUGGCCUUCUAGACAAUAUUAUCACAGAUUGGUGUUCAGGCGCUCGCAGCAACAUGUCACAGCUGAGGUGUUCUCAAAUGACUCUAUUGAACCCGUACUCUCUUGCUCUACGAAGGAGUGGGCUCUGAAGCAGGAACUGGGCUCCACGCGAUCCGUAGCAGCCUGCCGCGCCAUAGGUGAGGUGCUUGCUCAGCGGUGUCUAGAAGCAGGCAUAACACGAGUUGUUUAUCGAGAGAUACCGUGGAAGUUUCGCUCAGAGGCGAAUCAGACGUUCUGGACAGCAAUGAAAGAGGGUGGUGUUGCACUUAGUGAACCGAGGCGAAAAUUCAUUUAAGUUUCAUCUUGUUUUAUUUUUGUCUGUAAAUAUAACUGUGUUCUCACCUUCAAACCGUGUGGUCAUUGAGUCCAUUACAGAUUGGUUCCCAGUGCAGAAGAUAUUACAUUUCUACACAUUUU